GACGGGACGGGGCGGCGGCUCCUCGCCGUGACCCUCUGCCUCCUACCCGGGCUGGGACGCUAGUCCGAGGCGGCGGCGAAGCUAGGAGAGCAUGGCUGAGACCCCGCCGCCGCCCACCGCUGGUGCUGAAAGUUGCUGCGAGGAGCCGAAGAGGGGCGGGGAGAAGCGGCCUGAGGAGCCGCGCAGCGAUGCCGCGGGGGUUGAGGACCCAGAAGGCGAGGCGGGGCCGCCGCCGGUCUCUCCCUCCGGGCAGUCCGAGCCCGACUCGCCGGUGGCCGCCCCCUUCUUCCUUCUCUACCCGGGCGAUGGAGGCGCGGGCUUCACAGCGCGUCCGCCGCCGCAGCAGCAGCGCUCCUGGAGGACCCCGCCGUCGCCAGGCUCCCCGUUGCCCUUCCUGCUGCUGAGCUACCCGAGCGGCGGCGGCGGCAGCGGCGGCAAGCACCAUCCAAAUUAUCUCAUGGCUAAUGAACGUAUGAACCUGAUGAACAUGGCCAAGCUGAGUAUCAAGGGUUUGAUUGAAUCAGCUCUGAACCUGGGGAGGACUCUAGACUCUGAUUAUGCACCCCUGCAGCAGUUCUUCGUGGUAAUGGAACACUGUCUGAAACAUGGCUUGAAAGCCAAGAAGACGUUUCUUGGGCAAAAUAAAUCCUUCUGGGGUCCUCUAGAACUGGUAGAAAAACUUGUUCCAGAAGCCGCAGAGAUAACAGCAAGUGUUAAAGAUCUCCCAGGACUUAAGACACCAGUAGGCAGAGGAAGAGCCUGGCUUCGUUUGGCAUUAAUGCAAAAGAAACUUUCAGAAUAUAUGAAAGCCUUGAUCAAUAAGAAGGAACUUCUCAGUGAAUUCUAUGAACCAAAUGCCCUCAUGAUGGAAGAGGAAGGAGCUAUAAUUGCUGGUCUGUUGGUGGGUCUGAAUGUCAUUGAUGCAAAUUUUUGUAUGAAAGGAGAAGAUUUGGACUCUCAGGUUGGAGUUAUAGAUUUUUCAAUGUAUCUCAAGGAUGGGAACAGCAGUAAAGGUAGUGAAGGGGAUGGUCAGAUUACUGCAAUUCUGGACCAGAAGAACUAUGUAGAAGAACUCAACAGACAUCUGAAUGCUACUGUAAACAACCUUCAGGCAAAAGUAGACGCAUUAGAAAAAUCAAACACUAAACUCACAGAGGAGCUUGCAGUCGCAAACAACAGAAUUAUUACCUUGCAAGAAGAAAUGGAACGAGUUAAAGAAGAGAGCUCCUACAUAUUGGAAUCCAAUCGAAAGGGUCCUAAGCAAGACAGGACUGCAGAAGGACAAGCACUAAGUGAAGCAAGAAAGCAUUUAAAGGAGGAGACACAAUUACGAUUGGAUGUUGAAAAAGAGUUGGAGAUCCAGAUCAGCAUGAGACAGGAGAUGGAAUUGGCUAUGAAGAUGCUGGAGAAGGAUGUCUGUGAGAAGCAGGAUGCCCUGGUGUCUCUGCGGCAGCAGCUGGAUGAUCUCAGGGCUCUCAAGCAUGAACUUGCUUUUAAGCUGCAGAGUUCAGACUUAGGAGUAAAACAGAAAAGUGAACUAAACAGUCGCUUGGAAGAGAAGACUAAUCAGAUGGCUGCUACCAUUAAACAACUGGAACAAAGAUUGCGCCAGGCUGAGCGAGGCCGCCAGUCUGCUGAAUUGGACAACCGGCUCUUCAAACAGGACUUCGGAGACAAGAUCAACAGUCUACAGCUGGAAGUGGAGGAGCUCACCAGGCAGCGGAACCAGCUUGAGUUAGAACUAAAACAGGAAAAAGAAAGAAGGUUACACAACAGGAGCACCCCAGAAAAGAGUCAGAAGCCAGAACCCAAGGAUGGAAAGUACAAAAUUCAAGAGGAAAAUGAUAAAAUUAAAAAGUCCUUGGAAGAAAACCACAGGCUGCUGUCCCACCCUACAGAUGAACAGGAUCAGCCGCUGCUCUCUGAAAAGCCACAGAUAUGUCAGCUAUGCCAGGAUGACAGCCUAUCAAAGAAUGUAUGUAAGAACUGCAGAGGAACCUUCUGUAAUGCUUGUUCAACAAACGAACUGCCUCUUCCCUCAAGUAUCAAGCCUGAGCGAGUUUGCAAUCCCUGUCACAAGCAGCUGAUGAAGCAAUAUUCCACCAGCCCAUCAUAAGACUGGAGAAACCUGAACCAAUCACUCACACAGGUGCAUUCUGUACCUGUGUUAGAUGUCAAGACCCCUAAAGCCCAAUUCUUAAAAUCAACUAAGUUGAUAGGAAUAAUUUAGGUAAACCAGGUCCAGGGAAAAAAAGGCAGUGAUUGGGUUUGCUGGAAAUUUUGCUCAAUUUCCCUAGUAAUUGUAUAAAUAAAAAAAAGUUACUGAGUUGAGCCUUUCUUCUGUAAAUCUAAACAACCCCAUUUUGAAGGGGUUAUUUUAUUUUGUACCUUUGGAAAGGCUAUUUUUAUGAGUAUGGGGUUGAUAUAAUAGGAAGGGUGCAAGCAUAUACGAAUUUAAAGAAAGGGGCUGGAGAUGUGGCUCAGUUGUAGAGUGGCUGCUUAGCAUGCACAAGACCCUUACUUUGAUUCCCCAGAACCGCAGGGUGGGAAAAAAAAAAAUAGAAAAGUGAUCAUCUCCCUCUAUUACAUUUGCUGUUUCAAGAAGGAAAGAUAAAUGUUAACUGAGGUCAAAAUGAUGUUACCUAUUUUCCCAGGUGCUGCUAGACAUAAACAUUGUUUCCUCUUCACUCCCACUAACUACCUCUUCUUUACAUAUCUCUACCAAACUGUGAACCCCAACUCAGGGAAAUUAGAGAGUAAUAUAAAUUCUGAAUGUACUGAAAAUAAUAUUGUGUUAAUAUAUUAUAAUUUCAGGAUCAGAAUUUUCUGGUCUUGACCUACAAGUAUUUUCAUUAUUAGAACAAGAAAGAACAUUGUUGUUUUUCCACUUAAUGACUUCAAAAGUAAAUAUCUGCCUUUUUCAGAGUCCCCUACCACAAAACAAGCCAUCUCUCUCCCAGUCCCUCCUUCCUCUCCGUGUCAUAAGGGAAAUUGUAAGCAAAGCUAAGUCAAGUAUGAAGCAGGUUUAAUUUGUUGAUGGCUGAGAACAGUUAGUUCAUAUUUAUUAAAUUAUUCCUUGAAUAAGGAACUCCUUAUUCUGAACCAAGAAUCAGAACUGGCAGACUGGUUUCUUGGAAAGGGCAAUACUCAGACAUCUCUUAGUAACAGACUGGAAAAAGGCAAGUGCACUCAGCAAGGAAAGAAAUGAUUAUGUUAUAUAUGUCUAGAUUGUUUGAUUCCAAUUAAGACCUGAGAAGAAAUUAUUCUGUGGCUGGUUUAGAAUUCAGGGGUAAAAACAUCCUGGAACCAUGUUAUUUGAUAAAUUCUAUCUCUGAAAAGGGUUACAGUCUGGGAAAGAGUUGUUAUUCCAGAAGUCUAUAGACUGUUACAUGGUGAAGCUAAAGUUUAAAAAUACCUGAGGAAAAUAAAAAUUAAUAAUUCUAGUUUA